CCUUCAAUGCCGACAAGAAACCUAAGAGACGAAGAACCAGGCAUUGAGGAUGGCUUCCAUUCUUCGGGUGAAGCUACCUCAGCCCCGGAUAUCUUUAAGGCAAGCUCCGUUGCGGAGAUCAGGGCUGCCAUUACCGAUCUCAAUGAUCGCGAAGCUACAGUAACCGCCCGCCUCAACGCUUUAGUAGCCUCUCAAAAAGACCUUUCGAGGGAGCUCGGCAGGCUUGAUCUCCUUCGAGCAAAUCUUGGCUCACAAGCAGUCACAACCCGGUCCAUAAGCAAUGGAAUGCUCAAUGAUGCUGCCACGACGGCCAACCGCAUCUCCUCCGCCGUUCGCCGUUUAGAUCUUGAACAGUCGAGAGUUCAAGCAACCCUGAUUGUGGUGGAGCAGGUCGCCGAGCUCAAAGCAUGUGUUCUUGGGGUAGCUGGAUCUAUGGGAGCCGCGCAGGACUGGGAAACGGCAGCGUCAUACUUGAGCAGAGCUUCAAAAAUCCCACCAGAAAUCAUCUCCGGGGCGUUCGCGGAGGAGAUUGUUCCUACAGCAGAGGUUCCCGACCCCCCAAACGUGACACUUGAAUCAGCUGCCGAGUCUUUGUGCGGGCUCUUUGUCCGCGAGUUUGACAAAGCUUCGAAGGAGAAUGACGGUGCGAAGGUGACACGGUUCUUUAAGCUGUUUCCGCUCAUAGGUCGAUCUCAUGUGGGACUGGAUAUCUACGGGCAAUACGUUUGUCAAGGCGUAGCAUCGAGAGCUAGAGCGAAUUUGAACGCUGGGACCGGUGCAAACCAACGCACAGAAGGCUUCUUUUAUGCAAACGCUCUCACAAAACUUUUCGAACACAUUGCCCAGAUUAUUGAUGGUCAUGGGACUCUAGUCGAAAGACACUAUGGAUUGGGGAAGAUGGUCAAAGUCAUUGAACGCCUCCAGAUGGAGGCGGAUGUCCAAGGCGGCAUUAUAAUUGACACUUGGGGCGAUGAACGGAAUAUUGACAGGAAGCUCACCGACAUAAAAUCAUAUGCAUUUUCUUUUCUGGUGCAGAGUUUUCUUCCCGCUCAGCGGACUGCAUCCGGCGCCCAUCGCACCAACUCUCCCGCAGGACGGGAUGGGGUUGCGGGGCCGCGAACCAGCGAGGACGAGGGCGUGGAUAUGAAAGAGAUCGAUGCGCUGCUCAGCGAGACUGCGGUCAUGUUGGGUCGCUGGUCGUUAUACACCCGCUUUCUUGCUACUAAAUCUUUGAUUCCAGAAGUAGCCAUUAAUGAUUCCUCACCGUUGACCAUGCCGCAAUAUUUACUUGACUCAAACCUUUAUGCGAAAAUAUCCGACAGGUUGAUCAGCCCAUUCAAUCUAAUGACGACAUUUUUCUUUCGCCGUUCUGUUGAAAAAGCGUUUCAAAUUGAUGAAGCGCCGACCGACCUCACUCUCAAUCUGCAGAAGGCUCUCCCGUCAAACCCACCAUAUAUCACCUCCGUAGUUGAUGAUGUCAUGUACGUUGUCAACAAUGUUCUUCAGCGAUGUUUGGCAACUUCUCAAAGGGCUGUAAUUGCGAAUGUUUUGCCAGCCAUUUCUCGUGUCCUUGGUUCCGACUUUGUCGGCAUGAUUCAAAGGAAAAUGCGCGAUGAGUGUUAUCCAAAGGGCGCUGUGCAGGGGGCCUUACCGCCUGAGGACAAGAUUCUUGCAUUUCUUGUGCAAUUGAACAAUCUAGAUGUCGCUACAGACUACACCAAGCGCAUAGUUCAAUCCCGUUUAGAUAUUGCGCCACCUUCCGGCUCUCCAUCGCUAAACGGAGACGGAGCUGCAACAACGCUGGUCGAUCUCUUCCCCUUCAACCAGGACGGUGCUUUUGUCACAAGCGCUCUGCAUAGCCUCGAAGUGAGCUUCCACGGCAAGACAUAUGAGCUGAUAGGCGACGGCAUCAACGUCCUUUUUGGAAACGUUCUCAAGCCACGGCUCCGUCCCAUACUGGCGGAUUCCUUCAGAGACGUUGACUACCUCCUGACCUCUGAAGAAAUUUCUGCAGCUGAGGCGCACGAUGUGGACGGCGGCGAACUAUCCAUGGAAAACCCAUGGUCAGAGAACUACGUCAGGGAACGAUUCGCUCAAGGCUGGGAGGCUUUGACACAACCCUUUGCGCGCAUUCUUACCGCACGCAACAUCGACAAGCUACUGAACGUCACUGCUACAUACCUUAGCAGGCUUCUUGAGAAGCGCAUCUGGAGCUAUCAUGGCCGGAUAAAUGAACUGGGUGCAGUGCGACUUGAGCGUGAUAUUGCGAAUUUGGUGACCGUCGUUACAAGUGGCAGGUAUGCAUUGCGCGAUACAUUUACGAGGUGUACGCAAAUUUGUAUUGUCAUCAAUCUGGAAGAGGAAGAGUGGGAUGAACUUCAAUCCACGCCGCAGAAGGCAACGGAGGAAUUGGACAUCCAAUGGAGGCUCGAGGCAGACGAGAGGGAGCGAGCCAGAGCAAUGGUUCUCUACGGCCCUGCUGCGAGGUGAUAGCGCCUUUCCUCUAUUGAUGGCCGGCCGUAGCGAGAGAUACUGGUCAAUUGGCCUUUGUCAUGUUGGAACGUGCGACUAGAGCCCCCAUGUAUUAUACGUAUACCAUGAUUCAAACUCCGAGUAUGUCAAGGGAU